UGGAGAGGUGGCUUUUCUUCUUGACCUCCAGAUCUUUCCAAUGUGGGACUCUGAUACCAUUUCCCUUAUUGGAUCUUAAGGCUUUUCCAGGCAAUAGAGAUUUCGGGCUAUGGGCCCUUACUAUGUCUGUCCAUGAUGGGCCUUUAGGGAGCGUGGGUCCCGCUUUACACAGACCAAACAGUACCUAUCCGUCAGGCCCAUUAAGAUAGGCCCACCAGACUAAAUCUUACCAUCUUCAGUUGCCCCCUUCACCCCAAUGGUCCGUCUGUUCCAAGGAUCAAUGGGGUGACGAUCCUAAUGUAGGGGCAUGACGGGUACUUUAAUGACGGAAUGGAUCCGUGAAACAGAAGAUUUAAAGUAAUAGGCGGACACAACCGUCAGAAUGUAUGACGGUUUCAGAUCUUUAACCGUCAGAUAGGAUGACGGGUAUCUUGCAGUUUCAGACGGUUUCAUAUAGUCGACGGUUACCAUCUACUGAUGCGAGCAGACAGGUUAGCAUUUAUUAGCAUGCCACGUGUCAAUCUCUGACUGGCCGUUGUAUAGGAUCGAAGCGUCGCUUCGUCUUCCGUGUAUCUCCUAUAUAUAUGAGGCGUCUCAAUCUCUCAUUUUCGCAUUUCCAAACAGAAAACGUCUGUCAGAGAGAACCGUCAACCUUGCCAGAGAAGUCCGUCGAGCACUGGUAACCACCAAUUACCACAACCGUCAGCAUUACUCCGUCAGGUGUGGUAAGUAUUUACUUUAAUUUCAUAUUCAAGUUACAUUUUCGACCAAGCAAUAUUGUUAGGCUUAAUAUACCCGUCAAUGUUUUUAAACCCGUCAAGUCUUAGGUUUCAUCAUUAAUUGUAGGAAAUGUCUAGUGCGUCAAGUAACCAAUCGGUGGUUCGUGACGGGACGGAAUACGAGAAUGUAUACCCGUCCGGUCAUAAAGACCAAGAUAGUCCAGGCGAAGAUAGGAGUCCGUCUGCAUCCUCUUCGUCCUCAACAAGUGAGGAUGUGGAGAAAAUUGAGAUAGAGGGUCCUGACGGGAAUCAAGCACUGGAGUCCGUCGUAGGUGCUGAUGGACUAAGGCAGUUCAUCAUGUUACCAGAGUGGACAGUGCAUAGGUUCACAUCCGUCAUCCGGGAGAGACAUUUCAGUACCUUUAGAACAAAUUUUCAGAUACCAGACUACAUCCCGAUCCGUCUUCCCUACGUGUCGGAGAGAUGUUAUUAUGACGGAGUAGAAGGUGUUGGAGUGUACGAGCAGGUGUUGAAGGCUGGACUUCGGUUCCCGCUCUCUACACUCCAUAGGGAACUCUUGCAUUACCUGGGACUGUCCGUCACCCAGAUUUCUCCAAACGCCUGGAGGGUCUUCAUAGCAAUGGAGAUUCUUUAUGGCGCAAUGUCGAAUGGAGAAAGGAGACUGACGGUCCGUGAAUUUCUUCACUGUUACCGUCCAGAUGAGAUUGAUAGAUCAAGGGGGUUGUACCGUUUUGCUAGUCGAAGUCCCUUGUUGAAGGUCAUCUUUGAGACCCCAGACUCAAAUAGAGACUGGAAGAGUCGCUAUUUCUUCCUGGAGGGUGACAGGUGGAUGAACCGUCCAGGAGAGACGGAGUACAUGCCCGUCGAUACAACUUGGGGGAUAAUAAACCAAGCGCGUAGAGGGCGCCCGCAGGUUAGCCUCGAGGAAUUUAGUUUCCUUGAAAAGGUUUGUAGAAAAGCUAAGCCGGACGAAAGGACCUGGGCCAAAUCACUAUACGAUUCUUGA